ACAUAGAAAACUGGAGUACCCGCGUCAGUCAUGUAAUCGCCACGAAGUAAAAUGGAUUACGGAAAUAUAGUUUGUGCCUAAUUUAUUUCCCUUCGCCCUCUGAACGUUACAGUGGCGAACGAGGAUUAGUUUAAAACGAGGAGUGCGUCUGUGUCGGGUUAUCCUCCAUCAUGUCGAUCGGAAAAGUGAAGGAAUUCGAUAUAAAAAGCGGGGUGUGGUCGUCAUACGUCGAGCGGCUUGAGAUGUAUUUUACAGUUAAUAAUGUUAAGGGUGACCUCAAGCUACCUACGUUGAUAGCGGUGAUGGGAGAUGAGGCUUACGAGCUUCUAGUCAACCUGUCCAGCCCAAAGAAACCGUCAGAGUUGAAAUAUGAGGACGCAAUCGAGUUAUUACGUCGGCAUUUACAACCGGCUCCUUCAGUUUUGGCAGAGAGAUUCAGAUUUAGACAGAGAAGACAGGCGGCGGACGAGAAUAUAGCCAGCUAUGUCGCCGAGUUGAAGAAGUUGACGCGCCAUUGUAAGCUGGGGGAUAAUUUGAACGAGAACCUGCGAGACCAGUUCGUGUGCGGAUUGAGGAGCGAUCUCAUCCGACAAAGGUUGUUCGCGGAGGAGGAAACGAUUAGUUUCGCCAACGCGGUGAAACUCGCCAACUCGUUAGAGGCCGCGGAACGGGACGCGGCGGCAGUGGACACGGCGGGAGCGGCGGAGGCCGCCGGGGCAGCGCGCGGCGCGGACGGCGCCGCGGCCGCGGCCCUCCAUACGAUGGCCGGGACGGAGAACGGGCGGUGGCGGCGGUCGGCCGCGCGCGCCCGAAGUGUGCAGGACCAGAGUGCGGCGCGGAACGGCGCGGGAGCGCGAACCAGGAGCAGUGUGAAGGGGACAGGGUACCGUUGUAAAGGUUGCACGUCCACGCUCCACAGCUAUGAAGCCUGUAGAUUCCGGGAUUACGUGUGCUCCCGGUGUCAAUCCCGGGGCCAUAUUCGGCGCGCCUGCGUUCAGAAGGCCGGCGCUGGCUCGGGAAGGUUCAAUGCGGUGCACUACGGGGACGCGGAAGGAAUAGCCAGUGAGGAGGAAAUGGAAAGUGAUUUCCACCAUCUCUGUUUGAAUGAUUACAAGGCGGUAUAAAGAACUGUUUAGCGGCGGUCUGGGUCGGUACUCCGGAGGCAAGGCAAC